AUGGUCAACGAUCCCACCACUGGCCCCCGCUCUAACCAUGACCACGACUGUCGUGGUGCUCAUCCAGUAGACAUGAACUGUAGGACUGCAGCUCAACUCAGGAAGACUUACAUCAGUGUACGAGAAAUGACAAACUCUCACUCUUCCGGCUCGUUGCCUAGGCUAUCGACACUUAAUCGGGACCCGGGAUCCCAGGCGCCACAGCCAUCAACUUCGGCGCCGUCGUCUUUAUUUGGGACUUCGAAUUUCCGGCGCACCGAUAGGUCAAGAGUUGCGGAUUCGAGGGAGGGAAUUCCGAUGCAAAAUCUAACUCCGGCUGGAACUUCGGUGAGGCGUGGAGUUUCGCUGGGGCGUGGAGUCGCAAGCCAUAGUAAUAGCGCCUCCAGGCAAAGACGGAGAAGUUGUGGUAUGAGCUGGUUAUGCCUUGGCUUCGGCAGCAAUAGCGAACCAGGAGAACAUCCUGAACCACACCCGGGCGAGCAUUUGCACAACACUCGGCAAGAUAUUGGUGAUGAAGAUGAGGAGCCAAUCUUAGUGCCAGAUGAGGGGCCACUUCCUAAUCCUGCGCUGGAUCCUGCGCAGAACCCUUCGGCGAAUAUUGCGAGGCAGCUUCUUGUAAAGAGCGGCGAGAUUGAGGAGAUCUCGGGGCCCCCCACAGAUGCGCCAGGGCAAAGCAGUAAUGGUGGUAGACUGCCGGAAAUUCUUGAAGAAGUACCAGCAGAUGAUGGGGAACUCAUCGCUGGUAAUGAUCAGGGUGUUUCGGCUUCGGGAAUCUCAGCGAAUGAAAGAAAUGAAGAAACAGAAUUAUUGCAGUUCGCUCGAAGGCCACUUCCUAUCGUACAUCCCGCUUCUACCUCGGGAAUUACUACUGGCUUACAGGCGCUUCCGCCUUCACAGAUGGGUAUUGAUUUGCGGCCUGGGGGUAUUUCCCAGGGAGUUCUGGAUUCACGACCGUGCACCGAUCGGCCAUCGUCUAGAUCUACUUAUUCGCGGCCACCCACUUCUCCUGAUCAUGAGCUAUGUACCAGUUAUCAAAGACGAGCGAGUGUCUAA